AUGACUGAAGAAGAGCUCACGUUACAAGAAAAUUCUUCCCCAAACGAUGAGGAGCAACAAUAUCUCGAUUUAUGUCGGAGAAUCAUUGCUGAGGGCGAAUUUCGACCAGAUAGAACAGGAACAGGUACAUUGAGCAUUUUCGCCCCACCUCAACUACGUUUUGAUUUGAGCAAUGAUAGCUUUCCACUUCUCACGACUAAGAAAGUCUUUACGAAGGGAAUUAUCCUGGAAUUACUGUGGUUUAUCUCAGGCUGCACUGACGGGAAGAAGCUAUCAGAACAAGGCGUCAAGAUAUGGGAAGGAAACGGUUCUCGAGAGUAUUUGGACAAAUUAGGAUUAACAGAUAGACGUGAAGGUGAUCUAGGCCCAGUAUAUGGUUUCCAGUGGAGGCAUUUCGGGGCCCAUUACAAAACAUGUGAGGAUGACUAUAGCGGCCAGGGUUUUGAUCAGCUUGAAGACGUAAUAUACAAAUUGAAGCACAAUCCCUAUGAUCGCAGAAUUAUUAUGAGUGCUUGGAACCCUCCGGACUUUCCGAAAAUGGCACUUCCACCAUGUCAUGUUUUUUCUCAAUUUUAUGUUAGUUUCCCCAACACAGAGGGAGCUAAGCCUAAGCUUUCUUGUUUGUUAUAUCAACGAUCUUGUGACAUGGGCCUCGGUGUACCAUUCAAUAUUGCUUCAUAUGCUCUCUUAACCAGAAUGAUUGCACACGUGUGCGAUAUGGAACCUUGGCAAUUCAUUCAUACGAUGGGUGACGCGCAUAUUUACAAAGAUCAUAUUGAUGCACUACAACAGCAAAUUCAAAGGACGCCAAGACAAUUCCCUAAACUAAGGAUCAAAAGAAAAGUGUCAAGCAUUGAUGACUUCAAAUUUGAAGAUUUCGAAAUCACCGAUUAUAAUCCGCAUGACAGAAUUCAAAUGAAGAUGAGCGUUUAG